UUUGUUCAUUCUUCACUCUGCGACACACAACAAUGGAGCUCGUCACAAACUUGGCCAGCUGGUUUACGCCGACGACUCUCUUCCUCCUCCUCAAUCUCACCAUCGGCACCCUCUUCUUCACCAACCGGUUCGGUUCCGGUUCCAAGAAAUACCACCCGCAUCAAGAUGGUUUCGGGUCGGGUCAUACCCAUGCUCCGGCGCCGUUAGCCAGAGCUCCCUCCCUCAUAGACAGAGUCCGUUCCAUCAACUUCAAUCUCUACAAUUCUCCCACCCCAGAAUCCGAGAUCCACUUCUCCGGGUCGGAUUCUAACCCGAAUCCGCCUCCUUCUCUCCUUGAACGGGUAAAAUCCAUCAACAUGCCCUACUUCAAGUUCCCACAACACAAUUCCGAGGAAGAUUACGCUGCUUACGCGCUCAUGACCCGACCCGAUGAGACGAACCGGGUCGACAAAAUCUCGGAAGAUGACGUGCCGACCCAACCUAGAUUCGGAGCUCCGUCUCUCUUGCAGCGGGUAAAAUCCAUCAAGCUCCCUUCUUUGUAUAGAUCCGAGCCAGAUCUGAAUUCCGAGCAAACUCCGGCGAGGACGAAGUCGGAGUCGAGUAAGCCGGCGAUGAAGAACAAGAAGAAGAAGGCGGCGAAGAAGAAGUUGACGAAAUCGGCUAGCGAGAGAUCCGGGAUGGGAUACAACGGCAAGGAGGAGGAGACGGUGGAGGCCGUGGAAAAGAGACGGCCGGAGACGACGAGGGUUGAGAGAACGACGUCGAUCGGCGAAGGAGAAGAAGGCGUCGACGAUAAAGCCUCCGAUUUCAUCAACAAGUUUAAGCAGCAGCUUAAGCUACAGAGGCUAGAUUCGUUUCUACGGUACAGGGACAUGCUCAAGAACGAGUGAGUUGAAAUUACGCUUUUGCCCUUUGUCGGAAUCUGAGUUUUCCCGGCUUUUCCAGUCGGGGGCUUUGUGGUUAAAAAAAGGGAAAUACGUCUUAAUCUGAAGGGCUUUUAGGUCAUUUCCUUACGUAUCUUAUUUGUCUGUGGAUUUGGUGAUGACUGAUGAUGACAGACUUGUUGAGUCGUGGGCGUAAUUUUCUGGAUCUGGAUGCCUUGUGAGUCCUAGUGUCCUACUACUGCACUUUUCACUUUCUACUUUUUACUUUUUACUUUUUUCUUCUCCACAGUAUAAAGGAGUUUAUGGUAUCGAAAUUUA